AUGGCCGCGGAGCUCAGCGCCGAGGAGGAGCAGGCAACCAAGCAGUUCCUGGAGGAGAUCAACAAGUGGACGGGCCAGUACAAUGUGUCCCCGCUCUCCUGGAACGUGGCCGUCAAGUUCCUCAUGGCCCGCAAGUUCGACGUCCUGCGGGCCAUCGAGCUCUUUCACUCCUAUCGGGAGACGCGGCUGAAGGAGGGCAUUGUGAAGCUGAAGCCGCACGAGGAGCCGCUGCGCUCGGAGCUGCUCAGCGGCAAGUUCACCAUUCUGAGCGUGCGGGACCCCUCGGGAGCCUCCAUCGCCCUCUUCACGGCAAAGCUGCACCACCCCAGCAAGAGUGUGCAGCACGUGGUGCUCCAGGCGCUCUUCUACCUGCUGGACCGAGCGGUGGAGAGCUUUGAAACCCAGAGGAACGGGCUGGUGUUCAUCUACGACAUGGCGGGCUCGCAGUACACCAACUUCGAGCUGGACCUCAGCAAGAAGAUCCUCAACCUGCUGAAGGGUGCCUUCCCGGCUCGUCUCAAGAAGGUUUUCAUCGUGGGAGCGCCCAUGUGGUUUCGCGUGCCCUACUCCAUCAUCAGCCUGCUGCUGAAGGAGAAGCUGCGGGAGCGGGUGCAGAUGGUGAAGAUGUCGGAGCUGAAGGAGCACCUGCCCCGGGAAUGCCUCCCCGAGUACCUCGGGGGGUCCCUCAAACUGGACCCUCUGAGCUGGAACUGUCGGUUCCUGCCCCAGCAGAACGGGCACCCCGACCCCCUGGACGAGCUCAUCCUGGUGCCGCUGGUGGCCCCCAAAGAUAAUGGCUCCGUCCACGUCCCCGGGCCCAAGUCCGUCACCCUCCAGGAGUUGCUGGAUCACGUCAACCACAAGCAGAAACGGGGCAUCUAUGAAGAGUACGAAGAUAUUCGGCGUAGGAGCCCGACCGGCACCUUCGUCUGCUCUUUGGCACCCUACAACCAGGAGAAGAACCGGUACGGUGACGUGCCCUGCCUGGACCAAACCCGCGUCAAGCUGGCGAAGCCGUACAGCCGCCCGGAGCUGACCGACUACAUCAACGCGAGCUUCAUGGAUGGCUACAAGCAGAGGAACGCUUACAUCGGGACUCAGGGGCCUCUGGAAAACACCUACGGUGACUUCUGGCGCAUGGUGUGGGAGCAAAACGUCCUGGUGAUCGUGAUGACGACCCGGCUGGAGGAGGGAGGCAGGAGAAAGUGCGGCCAGUACUGGCCCCUGGAGAAGGAUUUCCAGGUGUGCUUCGGGGCCCUGACCAUCACCAACCUGGGUGUGGAGAACCUCAACCAUUACAAGAAAACCAUCCUGGAGAUCCACAGCUCGGAGACCAGGGAGCGGCGGCUGGUGUCCCACUUCCAGUACCUGAGCUGGCCGGACUACGGCGUCCCCUCAUCUGCGGCCACCCUCAUCGACUUCUUGGGGGCAGUGAAGCAGCAGCAGAGGGUGGCGGUCAGCGCCCUGGGACCUCGCUUCAAGGGGCACCCCGGGGGACCCCCGGUUGUGGUGCACUGCAGCGCCGGCAUCGGCAGGACAGGUACCUUCUGCGCGCUGGACAUCUGCCUGUCCCAGCUGCAGGACGUGGGCACGCUGAACAUCUACCAGACGGUGCUGCGCAUGCGGACCCAGCGCGCCUUCAGCAUCCAGACCCCCGAGCAGUAUUACUUCUGUUACACCGCCAUCCUCGAGCACGCCCAGCGCGAGGGCCUGCUGCUCGCCAACCACAGCCAGGCCGGCCAGGAGAAGAGCUCGCCGGGACACUGA